GCGUUAAGUCUGAGGAAUACUCUGCGUAGACAUACACGGGACAUGUUGAGUCUGCUGUAGUGCUUUACACAGCGCUAAUGGGAUUGGAGCUGCAAGAGCAAAUCCUGAUGGAUGAAAGGGAGAGCCAAGUGAUCCAUGGCAGUCCUGGAGUAUCCUGUUGGACUGGUGUGUAAUUAACGUUUUUGAAAGAGGUGAUGAUCCCUAAUUAACUGACGCAAGCUGCUUAUAUUCUGCAGAGAACAGUUACUGUUGGAGCAAGUACUUCUUCCUGAGGCCUAUUCAAGAGCCUAUAUAAACAACAGCAGGAACUAAAACUGCAAAAUGGACUCUGCGGUAAAAAUGUGCGCAAACACCGAAAUGGUGCACGUCCAAUGCAAGACCAAGUGUUUCCCUCUGCUGACCGAUGAACAGAAUGGCAAUGACUUGCCGAGUCCCGUUAACCCCUCUCCAGACUGUGCCAGGAGCACCAGCAGCCUAAGCAGUAGGAGUGUGGAAAGUCCACCUGACGUAGAGAUGUUUGAGUGUCUCAGCGAUGGCAAUUCAGGGGAGGGUGAUCCCACAUGCUCUUCAAGCCCCCCUACAGUGUCUCCAACCCUUUUUAAAGUCAACAGAAACACCACCAUCCAACCCCUGAACGUGACAAUGGAUAUUACCGACCUCCAAAAUGGCUCGUACAUACAGCACGGCAGUGUUGAUGGCAGUAGCAGGGACUCAAGUCCGCUCCUGUCCUCUGCCAGGCUGGGCACGCCGGACAGUUCCUCCCUGCCAUCCUCCUUUAGCUCCAGUGACGGCUCCAUCGACCGGGUCCUGCGUUGCAACAGUGACGGCUCCAUGGACCGGGUCCUGCGUAGCAACAGCUUCUGCCUGCAGGACUCAGACCAGGUCUUCAGCAUCUCCUACCUGGCGGAGUCGGCAGGCUCCCCAGCCACACCCUCCGACCUGGACAUGCCCCAUGACGCACUCACUUACUGGGGCCCUGGUGGCACCCCAAAAGAGGACGUGAAGCACCUGCGCCUUGGAGACGACCUCUUGAGUCCCAACAACCAGACCUAUUUCUUGGAGGAAUGCGCAGGGCAAUCAGCACUCAAUGUUGUAGCAAAGGCCAGAGGGUCGCCUUUCACCCCGGAGCCUUGCAGGAGUGCUAACUCUGUUGUUAAGUUGCUGCACAGUAAUACCCUGGGAUCUGGUCAGCUCAUGACUGCUGGGGACAAGACUUUUGUGGUGCCUGGCCCUGAGGACGUUGACCCAAGCAAAGUACAAACUUCCACACCAGUGCAGUCCUUAGGCAACAAGACCUUCUGCCUACCAACCCUCAACGAAUCACCCUUCACAGAAGAACCGGGAGACCAGGGAAGCUCGAAAGCUGAUGGUAUAAAACAACAGCCUGUAUCUGGCACCACAAGAACAACGGGUGUGGUAAAGGCCGCUGCAGUUGCGCCCAAAGUCAAAAAGCCUGAUUUGAGUUCUGUCAGGUCAAAGAUCAUGUCAAGGCAGGCAAGCACACAAAAAUCGUCAAAUCUGCCGGUUGUGAAAGCUUCCCCUCUUUGUUCUUCUAAACGUAUGGGGGAACAGGUUCAGAGGCCAUCUCAUCCCACACCGAGUAAACCCUCCCCUACUGUGUCAACAUCAUCCGCUGUUUCUAGUCCCUCUGUGUCGUCUAACAAGUUUGCUCUAAGUAAGGGAAAGGCGCCCCCUUCAGGCCAACAAGAGAAGCCACCUGCAAGUCACACAAAGCUGAUGUUCCCCAAGGCUCGGCCUCGUCUGUGGUCUGACAGUUCUCUCGUGCCCAAAUCAAAGCCUGACACCCAACACCAGAGGGGAAAAACAGUCCCUCCUAGUUUUAUAGCUAAGGUCUACAAGGCUGUCACUCAGUCCAAGGCUGUUUCGGCAAACCUCAAACGGCAGUUGCAGUUCAAACAGGGAGAUCGGAAUGGCUCCGCAUCAUCUCAAGAGAGUUCUAGAGAGACUUCUAGAGAGUCCCGAAAGGAGCUCCCAAAAAUAAGCCCCAAAGUAAGUUGA